UGUCAACAAACAAAAAUUUUAAAAUGUCAGCUGAUGCGGUUUGAAGUAUAAUUUACAAAUAAAGAUUGAAUGUCACUUGCGUCAAUUAUUUAUGUAAUAAUAAAAUGUAUAUCACUUAAAUGAAGUAACAAUUACGCAUCAAUUAACCAUGUCAUCCAAACUGAAAGAAAUUAAAGCAAGAGGUUUAGCUGAGAAAAAGAGACAGGCUGGAGCUGUUGUUAAGGAUAAUGUUGAAACUUGUUUCUUUCGACAAUUGAAAGAAUCAUCAUUGCACCCAAGAAUCAUCAAACAAGCUCGCCAAAGUGGAGUUUUAAAUCUUUCUAAUCGGGGAAUAGCAGAAAUGCCUGAUAUAGUCUGGAAUGUAACCAAUCUUACUGCUGAGGAAAACAAAGCUUUGUCAGUAUCUUUAGAAUCUGCAAAUGAUGAUGAUAAGUGGUGGGAAUAUGUGGAUUUGACUAAGCUUGUUUUGGCAUGCAAUACUCUUAAGUUCAUAUCCCCAGAAAUUUCAAACUACCGGCGUCUUAAUACCCUUGAUUUGCAUGAUAACUGUCUGUCAGAUCUACCUAAUAGUGUGGGAGAACUUGUAUGCCUUACUAAGUUAAACAUAAGUCGAAACAACUUCAAUAAUUUGCCAGAAUGUAUAUUUCUUUUGAAAUCUUUACUUAUUUUGCAAGCUCAGCAUAAUAAUUUGUGCACUUUAAAUGAUGAUAUUGGAAAUUUAUCCUUCCUUGAAGAAUUGGAUUUAUCAAAUAAUAAAUUGAAGAAACUUCCUCACUGUAUUGGGUUUUGUUCAAGGAUCACCCACUUUAAUAUUUCGAAUAAUGAAUUGGUUGUUUUGCCUGUUGAGAUUGGAGAUAUGAGUGCUCUAAGGCAUUUUGAUGUAUCAAAAAAUAAAUUGAAGUCCAUACCAAGCUCAGUAGGGAUGCUUAGCCAUUUGGAACAGUUUUACAUUCAACAUAAUAAUAUUGCAGAUAUCGCUCCCCUGUCUUGCUGUUCGUCAAUAAAGGAAGUGCAUGCUGGCUUCAAUAACAUUAUUGAACUAUCCCUGGAAUUCCUAGAAUCUAUUCCUAGUAUAAAAAUCCUUGAUUUUAGAGACAAUAAGCUUUCUCAGUUACCAGAUGUGAUAUGUACUUUACAAAAUAUUGAGAGACUUGAUAUUUCAAAUAACGGUUUGUCUAGCUUGCCAUACACUCUUGGCACAUUACCACAUUUAAAGUUCCUUGCAAUUGAAGGAAACCCUAUGAGAACCAUAAGAAGAGAUAUUAUUCAAAGAGGCACUGUGCAGCUUUUGAGAUGGCUUCGUAGCCGGCUUGAAGAUCCUGAUGCUGUUAAAAGUAUGUCCAAUUUAUCAACUGAAUGUGAUGGAUCAAAAAAUUCGUCUGCCUGUGAUGUUGAUAAAUAUGCUUUAAAGUCUACUAAAGCUUUACCUCUAAGCAAUAAAAAGCUAAACACCAUUCCUAAAGAUGUUAUUGAAACUGCAGCAGCAUCUGAUGUGACAUCAAUAGACUUAAGUAAAAACUGCAUUUCUGAAAUUCCUGAAUACUUUUCAGUCAUAUUACCUAAGGCAGUGGAAGUUAAUUUGGGCUAUAACAAAUUAAAUAGCAUUCCUCCCUUCUUUGGAUGUGGUGAACAUUUACAAUACUUAGAUUUCAGAAAUAAUCAGCUGAGCAGUUUGCCUGCUGAAAUAGCUAACCUUUCGCAUUUGCGAGAAAUGAAUGUAUCAUGUAACAGGUUAACAGCUUUACCAAGUUGUUUAUAUGGUUUGAAACACCUUGAAAUAAUAUUGGCUUCUGAUAAUCAAAUUGAAUUUAUUGAUGUAUCUGGAUUAUCAAGUUGUUCAGCUCUUGCUGUGUUGGAUCUUCAUAAUAAUAGUAUUAAAACAGUACCUCCUGAACUUGGGAAUUUAAAACAACUUAGAUCAUUAUUGCUGGAUGGGAAUCUAUUUCGCAAUCCUAGGCCAGCUAUUCUCUCUAAAGGAACACUUGCUUUAUUGGAAUUUUUGCGAAGUCGUAUUACACAAAAUUAAACUUCUCAGAAAUGCUUGUUAUUGGUUCAACUCUGUAUUAUUCGUGUUUUAAUUAAAAUGUUGAUUUUUUUUACAAUUUGCAAUGAAAUAAAACAACUUUUAUAUAA